AUGAAACCCACCGCCCUCCUCCUCGGCAUCGCAGCGCUGUUCACCUCCGCCGUCGUGGCCGAUAAAACAUGCACCCCGAGUUUCGAUUACUGCGCCAACGAGCUGAUGGAGAAGAAGGGCUUCUCGGAAGACGAUAUCAAAACCUCCCUAAAGGGCAGCGAGUAUGAGAACGAGGACUUUCAGAACAUUCUCCUUCAUUGUAUGAAUCCCGGGAUGGUGGGGCAUGCGAAGCUCUGCGCGAGUGGAUGUCAGGCGGCGGCGCAGGAGGGGAGUCGCAAGUGUUGA